AAGGCUGAGGGAGGGUUGGUGGUGCUUGCGCCAAGACUGCAGGCAGGCCUCAGUAUUUUGGGUGCUUUGUUGUCAACCAGCAAUGGCAGCUUCUUCAUUCUGGGUGUGGGCGAUGGUGUUCACAGUGCUGGGAGUCUGUCCAGUUGCCUCAGGUGCCUCACGCUCUGACCACCUGAAGAAUCCGCGCUUCAUUGCUGUCCGGUGGGGCUCCAGAGUCUCCUUCAGCUGCGUUUCCUCUUCUGGGGUCAGUUGGGUCAAGGAGAAGCAGGGCGAGCGGAAGGUGCUGGAGAACAGCUCCAGAGUUCAGAUCAUGAAUAACUCAUCAGUGUCAACGCUCAACAUCACCAAGCUCCAGCACAUGGACAGCGGCACCUACUUCUGCGAGAGCAGGGAUGAGAAGGAGAAGAUGACAAUGCAGCACCGCUGUGGCACCGAACUCAAAAUUAUGGGUAUCAGCACCUACGAGCAAGUGCAAGACCGGAACACCAUGAAAGACACCAUCAUUUUGAUCCAGUCCGUUCUUCUUUUCAUGUUUGUCAGCUUCCCUGUGUUCAUGAUUCUGGUGAAGGGUGAUGGUGAGGAAGCCCCUGGUGAGGACCACACGUAUGAGGGCUUGGCUGUCGAACUGGCUGACACCUAUGAAGACAUUGGUACCUACCAGGACAAAGCAGAGAAGUGGGACCUCACGGAGCACCCCUGUGAAGAGUGAUGCUUUGGGCGUGGCCCAGUCUGAGUUUCCCACUGGAUGGGGCAAGCUGCCUCCUAGUUCCUGGAGGUGUUCUGGGGAGACCUCUUGGUGCCAGCUUGCUUGCGUUUCUCUCAUCAGCUCAUCUGCUAGAACAACUUCAGCAUCUGAGAUUCUAUGGACUUUGGGGUAUUGUUAAGAGACACAACAUAGGAGGCUGGACGAUGGGACUCCAGUCAGAGUGAACAAAUAAAAGAAGGGGGGGGGCGGGCCAAUAUCAGCCACCAGAGAGAUUUGAAAAUGGGAGGGAAUUUCUGACAAACUCAUCUAGCUUGGCUUUUUUUGCAAAAAUAAAAUGCAUUAUUUUAA